AUGGAUCAAUACGAGGUGCUGGAGCAGAUUGGGAAGGGCUCCUUUGGCUCUGCGCUCCUGGUGAGGCACAAUGUUGAGAGGAAGAGGUAUGUCUUGAAGAAGACCCAGGUCGCCCGUCAGACCGUCAGGUGCCGGCGAUCCGCGCACCAAGAGAUGGAGCUCAUCGCAAAAGUAAGGAGCCCUUACAUCAUGGAAUACAAAGAUUCUUGGGUGGAGAAGGGGUGCUAUGUGUGCAUCGUGAUCGGUUACUGCGAGGGAGGGGACAUGUAUGUGUGUAACUUGUGA